GCGGGCAAUCACUCGGUACAAUCUAUUGUAGUUUUGUGUUGCGUUUUUUGUUGUUCCCUUCACCCCCUGCAACUAGUUAUCUCUUCCUUCAACUGCAACUUUUUAUAUCCUACUCUAGGAGACAAAAUAGCAAGAAUCUGGACCAGAAAAACAUCCCACCAUGCAACCAAAUUGCGGUCAUCUCCACAACAUCCAAGGGAGUGGUGAUGCCUCUUCAUCUUCUCAGAGCGCCCACGCAGCAAGGUUGUCAGGAGAGAGCUCAUGCCAUCACAGCGGAGAUGUUCGCAUACAGCUAAACUCUGCCGUGGGAGAAGCCAGAGAAAAUGCGAGUUCCCGGCAUUCAAGGCCAGGGUCCCAAAGUCGCUCACACGGACACGCCCACAGCGAAGCAGGGGGGCUUGACGAUUCUACUCCAGACUCAGAGGAACACAGUGGCAGCUCCCUCUCAGAGCUCAGAUACCUCCUCCAGUGGCUGCACAAAAGUCUGCCAUAUAUCUUGAUUCUGUGUGUCAAAUUGAUCAUGCAGCAUAUAAUUGGCAUUUCUCUUGGAAUUGGGCUGCUAACAACUUAUAUAUAUGCAAACAAAAGCAUAGUAAAUCAGGUUUUUCUAAGAGAACGGUGCUCCAAGUUGCAAUGUGCUUGGUUGCUAGUAUACCUAACUGGAUCAUCUCUCCUCUUGUAUUACACCUUUCAUUCUCAGUCACUGUAUUACAGCUUAAUCUUUUUAAACCCUACUGUGGAUUUUAUGAACUUCUGGGAGGUACUUUGGAUUGUGGGAGUCACAGACUUUAUUCUGAAAUUCCUCUUCAUGGGCUUCAAGUGCUUUAUUCUCUUGGUGCCUUCUUUUAUGAUGUCCUUUAAAUCCAAGGGCUACUGGUACAUGCUGUUAGAAGAACUCUGCCAGUGUUACCGUAUGUUUGUCCCCAUACCAGUUUGGUUCCGUUAUCUUAUUGGCUAUGGGGAGCUGGACAGUGCACUAGGAUGGACCCUUGGGAUAUUGCUGGGCCUUCUCUACCUCAUUCUAAAACUUUUGAGCUUUUUUGGACAAUUGAGAAACUUCAGGCAGGUCCUACGGAUAUUUUGUACGCGACCACACUAUGGGGUGACAGCUAGCAAGAGACAGUGUUCUGAAUCGGAUGAUAUUUGCUCAAUCUGCCAAGCUGAAUUUCAGAAGCCUAUUCUGCUUAUCUGUCAGUUUACUGCAGUUCAGAGUAAACGUGCCCUAUGAUUGUUCCACCACGGUAUCUGAGUGCCUGGGGAAAAAAGACUCAAGCUUAAAGAAAACAGGCAAAAGCUUCUAAGUCUGUAAUUGGAAUCUUAUGGGAGUAGAAGAGACUGGUUCUCAUGGAAGCCUUUCCUAGCAGGUGAGGUAUUUAGUUUGGGGAAUGUACAGCUGAAUGGUGUUAGAGCAGUCCUGGGGGUGGCAGGGAAGAAUUGGAGCUUGGCCACAGCCAGAGCUGUGCUGUGAUGGGCUCGUGCCUGUACCUCCACUAUAGUCAGAACAAACUGCUCUUUGUUUCCUCAGCGAGAUCUAGCUAUGCCUUAGCUUGCAUGUGAAGUUCAUACAAGAUCAGAACUGUUUGUUAUUUAAAUUUCAUCAGUGCUGAUACUCAGACUGCUGCUGCAGCAGAACUUCCCUUGAGAGAUGGACAAGAACUGAAUGAGUCAAGGAACAAAAGAGCGUAGGGCGAACUUAAGGUUGGAUUCUGAAUCUCUGAUGGGCCCACAGAGACCUUGGCAGCUCACUUGGUUACACAAGCAUAUUUAGACCUUCCCAAACUUGAUCAUGAACAUACAGUUUAGCUAAAGAGUGUUUUAAUGUUUUUUUCUUCAUACAGGUAUUGUGCGAGUACUGUGUAAACAAUUUGAGUACUAUAUUUAACUUAGUAAACAAAUGGCACCUUUAAAAAAAGCUUUGCUUGUGUGAGUAAAAUGCGUGACUAAGCCCGACACACAGUUCAUAAGGGCAGAUGUAAUAAACCAACCCUUUCUAAAAUACCGGGCAACAUAAAAAUUGUAACUUAUCCUGGAUUAGCUUUUCCUGGAAUGCUAAUACCAACAGCUUAAUCACUUUUUAAUUCAAAAAUCCUCUCAGAGAAAAUAUAAACUAAAAUUCAUUAGACUUGGACAUGAUGUUAGAGCAAGGAAAUGCACUUCCUAAUACUCAAAUAUUGAUUAAAUUAAUUGCCUCCAGUAAUGGGUAGCCAUUCAUUAGAAUUCCAGCACUCUGUGACAGACUUUCAAAAACCUUUUUAGAACAAUAGGUCUAAAUCACCUAGUCCAUUCCUGGAAUAUUAACUGGGAAGGUACAGAUUCUGAGAUGCACCAGCUGCGUAGUACAAACAGUUGUCCUGAAAGCACUACCCUGCUGACUAAGGGAGAAAAUCUGAGAAACAAGUAUGCUUUCUUACUGCCUUAUCCCCAAGCUGAGUUAAUAGUUGCUCAUGCAGCAG